AUGAAGGAAUCUAUCCGGAAAAUGCAAAACUCCUUCAUUGAAUACCAGCGACAGGGAAGUAACUGGACACUAGACAAAGUGAUUCAAAUUCAGAUACACUUUGCUAGAUAUAGACCUCUCAAAGGAUCCAGUUAUAUACCCCUACCUAUCAAGCUCAGGUCAAAGCAUGCUAUCAUCAACGUUCAAAACGAAGACAAAAAGUGUUUCAUGUGGUCUGUAUUAGCAGCAUUACAUCCUGCCAAGAAAGAUUCUCAGCGGGUAACUAAAUACAUCGAACACCAAGAUGAACUAGAUUUUACGGGCAUUACUUUUCCUGUCAAAGUAGCCGACGUCAGUAAGUUCGAGACAGGAAACAAGAUCAGCAUCAACGUUUUGGGAUACGAAAAGGGUUCGUUAUUCCCAAUCCACGUGACAAAGCGAAGAUUUGAUCGGCACGUAGAUUUACUACUGAUAUCGGAUGGACGUAAGUCUCACUACUGCUGGAUUAGGAAAGUAGACCGACUUCUGAGUGAUCAACACACGCAUAAAAACCGCUAUUUCCACUGCAUGUAUUGUCUUCAAGGGUUCACCAAGCAACGAAUUCUCAACGAUCAUAUUUCUUAUUGUCGCGAGCACGGAACACAAAAGGUGAAAUUACCCACAGAGGAAGAUAAGUGGUUGUUUUAUAAGGAUGUGAGAAAACAAUUAAAGGUCCCUUACAUCAUCUAUGCAGACUUCGAGUCAUUUCAAGUGCCCAUACACGGAUGCGAGGUUGACCCAAAUAAAUCACACACGGAAAAGACUACACACCACGUUCCUUCGAGUUUUGCCUAUAAAAUCGUUGGUCUCACACAGGAGACAUCCAAAACCCCUGUAAUCUAUAGAGGACCUGAUGUGGCGGAGCAUUUCGUAGAAUGUAUGUUGAGGGAACAAGAAGAAAUCGAACAAAAAUUCAAAAAUGUAGAACCGAUGGUAAUGACAGGGAAAGAUUGGCAGUCAUUCAAUAAUGCAGUUUACUGUCAUAUUUGUGGAAAGGAGCUAGGGGAUGACAGGGUGCGGGAUCAUUGUCAUGUGACUGGCAAAUUCAGGGGCGCAGCCCACAAUGAGUGCAACAUAAACUACAAGUUUACGGGACGCAUACCGGUCGUCUUUCACAAUCUGAGAGGUUAUGAUUCCCAUCUCAUCAUACAGGCCAUUGGAAAGGUGUCUGAUAAAGAGAUCAAAUGUAUACCAAAUAACAUGGAGAAGUACAUAUCAUUUUCCAUGGGUUGUAUGGACUUCAUCGACAGCUAUCAAUUUAUGGGAACGUCACUUGAAAAACUAGUAGGAAAUCUAUCUGUGGAGGGUAAGGACAAGUUCUCACACAUGAUGCAACAUUUUGGUGACGAGAAAAUCAAACUCUUCCUUCAAAAGCAAGUGUACCCCUACGACUACUUCGAUGGCCCCCACAGGUUUCGGGAGACUAGUCUCCCUCCAAAGGAAGCUUUUCGCAGCAGUCUGACGAAGGAUGAUGUGUCGGAUGAAAAGUACCACCACGCUUGCAAAGUCUGGAAGGCUUUCGGCAUACAAAAUCUCGGCGAAUAUUCUGACAUAUACGUCUUGACAGAUGUUCUAGGUCUCGCCGAUGUAUUCGAAAACUUUCGAGAUCUAUGUAUGGAAUCCUAUGGCCUCGAUGCAGCUCAUUUUUACACCGCUCCCGGUCUCGCAUGGCAAGCAGCUCUAAAAAUGACAAAUGUCAGACUCGAACUGCUUACCGACAUCGACCAGCACUUGUUCAUAGAGGAAGGCUUGAGGGGAGGGAUAUCCAUGAUUAGUCACCGAUUUGCUGAGGCUAACAAUCCCUACGUUCCAGGAUAUGACCCAAUGAAACCAACAGAAUACAUCACUUACUUAGAUGCAAACAAUUUGUAUGGCUGGGCCAUGUCUCAAUACUUGCCAACUCAUGGCUUCGCCUGGCUUAACGACAACGAAAAGGAUAUGCUCGAUAUCACGACAGUUCCCAAUGAUGCGACAGGAGGAUACAUAUUGGAAGUGGAUCUGGAGUACCCUCCAGAACUGCACGACAUCCAUAAUGAAUACCCCUUGGCUCCAGAACGAAUGAACGUGAUGAAAGACGAGUUGUCUAACUACAGCAAGACCUUAUGGCGGGAUCUUGCGGAUUGUGGAAAUCCACAUGACUGUUUAGACCAUUACAAUUCCGCACAAAAACUAGUACCCAACCUCAAAAACAAGGAAAAGUAUGUAGUACACUACAGAAAUUUGAAACAAUACCUCUCACUUGGAAUGAAGCUCACAAAAGUUCAUAGAGUGUUGACCUUCGAGGAGACACCAUGGUUGAAGACUUAUAUAGAUUACAACACAGAGAAAAGAAAACAAUCUCGUAACAAUUUCGAGAAAGAUUUCUAUAAAUUGAUGAACAACAGCGUGUUUGGCAAGACCAUGGAGAACUUAAGAAAAAGAAUGGAUGUCAAACUAGUCAAUAGUGAGAAGAAGGCUGUAAAAUUAACAUGCAAACCAACAUUCCACGAGUUCAGAAUUUUCUCUGACGAUUUAGUCGGUGUCCACAUGCUUAAGUCGAAGUUGUAUCUGAAUCGACCAAUUUACGUCGGGUUCAGCAUUUUAGACAUCUCCAAAACUCUGAUGUAUGAUUUUCAUUACAAUUACAUCAAGCAGAAAUUUGGACCGAAAGCAACUCUACUUUUUACAGACACCGACUCUCUAGCCUACCUCAUCCGAACUGAGGACAUCUACAAAGACAUGCUAGAAGACAGGCAUUUAUUUGACACCUCGGACUAUAACAAAACUCAUCCCCUCUAUAACUUGAAAAACAAAAAAACACUGGGAAAAAUGAAGGACGAAACUCAUGGAAAUGCGAUUCACGCUUUUGUUGGACUCAAGGCUAAAAUGUAUUCCUACACAUACAACACCAUGACAGAAAAAGAUGGUACAGAAGUAAUGACUCACGUAGAAUCGAAGAAGGCAAAAGGUAUCAAAAAGUAUGUUAUAGAAAACCACACUCGUUUCGAGCAUUACAAGGAAUGUCUUCUCGACAGGAAAGUAAUCAUGUCACACAUGAAUCAGAUUAGAAGCUAUAAACAUCAACUUUACAACAUAUCCAUGACCAAACGGGGUCUAUCGCCAUUUGACGACAAACGGUAUCUGCUAGACGAUGGGAUCACUAGCUACGCGUACGGACACUGGAGAAUAUCAGGAGAGUGA